CUCUCCUCUUUUCUUUCGCUAUAAAAAGGUGCUUUCCAUUUGCUUGAUUUACGGGAAAAAUCUUGGAAGUUGUCUGUCUAUCUUCCCCAGAUUUAUUUUUGUUUUGAAAGCAAAACCACAACUUCUUUGCGUCUCUGCUAACAUUCCUCCCGAUAUUUCUGCUCUUAAAUCAAGGACAAGAAAGCUCCCUGCUCACUCUAUAAAACCCUUCUCUUCUUGAACAUUUCCAGGUGAUUUUUCUUGAUUUUUUUUCCUGGCUGAGAAUCUGAGAUGAGUGAACACUUGGUGGUAUAUGUCGACCGACUGAUGCAGCCGGUUCCGUCACCUCCCGUUGAGUCAGAAACACCUGAGCCGUCUUGCAUCAUGGAGGAUAAUGCAGUUGAUAUCUACGAGAGAGAGGGAGAGGAAGAGGAGGAUCCACUGGUUUGGUGGGGGGAGUGUCGUAUUUGUCAGGAGGAGUCUGCUAUUAAGAAUCUUGAGAGUCCAUGUUCUUGCAAUGGAAGCCUAAAGUACGCUCACAGAAAAUGUGUUCAACGUUGGUGCAAUGAAAAGGGAAACACUAUAUGCGAGAUCUGUCAUCAGCCAUACCAAGCUGGAUAUACCUCUCCACCACCUCCACCCCAGUCUGAUGAAACUACUAUUGACAUUGGGGGAGGAUGGACAAUCUCAGGUCUGGAUUUAGACGAUCCAAACCUACUUGCAAUCGCAGAAGCUGAACGUCAGAUUCUAGAGUUGGAGUAUGAUGAUUAUACAGAACCAGAUACUACUCUAGCUGCAUUUUUCCGCAUAUCUGCUCUUAUUAUGAUGACUCUUCUAUUGCGAUACGCACUAACUAUACCAGAUUAUGCAGAUGGUGAAGAGGAGGAUCCUUCUUCAAUACUUUCUCUUUUCUUACUCCGAGCUGCUACUUUUCUUCUUCCUUGCUACAUAAUGGCAUCAGCUAUUAAUAUCUUGCAUCAGCGAAGACAAAGACAGGAAGCAGAGGCUUUAGCCACCCGGUUUGCCUUGGUGCUCAGUUCACGUCAACCUAGAGACAUGGUUAAUUAUUUGUCUAUGGAGCCUUGAUUUACACCACAAUUUAGGUACUUCAGUGAUUUCAUCAGGAAAAAAUUGGUGUGAAAGAGUAACUUGCAAUAAGUGAAAAGAAGAGAUGAUUUGUUGAAUCAAUCUCUAUUUCUUUCACUUGUUGCAGUGGAAUAACACUUUUCUAAUGAAAUUACCGAGUUAUAUGUGGUGUAAUGCAUCAUAAGAUCUACAUGAAGGUUCUUCUGAGUCGGCUUUCUCACAAGUUAAAGCAUGACGAAGGAGUGUCCAAAUUUAGUGCAUGGUUCUUUUAAAAAACUUAAUGAAUCUAAGAUAGAUUCGUGUCAUCCAAUGUAUGUAGAGUUUAGAGUUUCUGAUUUUGUGCAUUGUAUAAUCUGAAAGAUGUUUUGUUUAUUUUUAAACAUUGAGCUUUUCAAUGACAUUACAAGCAUUUCACUA